AUGUUGAAACAAACAGAUACUCCUGAGACUGUGCGUCUGUCUCACUCCAUCAAUGAUGAAGAGAGAAAAUAUGUGACGGCGAGGAAGACUCUGAUUAAGAAGUGGCUGAAAGGUCAGGGUAUCGACUGUGAACUGGAGGAUGUUCCUAACAUAGCGUUGCUGGGGUCAGGUGGAGGAGAGAGGGCAGCAGUGGGCAUGCUGGGAUCUCUGCAUCAGCUGGCACAGGACAACCUGCUGGGCAGCCUCCUCUACAUGUGUGGGGUGUCAGGCACCACCUGGUGCAUGUCAUCCCUGUACAGCGAUCCAGAUUGGUCGCUGAAUAAGCGUUGUGAUGAGGUGAUAGAGAAGCUGAAGGGUCCUACGGUGGACUUGACCAAGACUGUUAACCGGCUGAAGUCGAGGAAAGAAGAAAACCAGGACUUCAACCUCACUGACUUCUGGGGCGCAUUCAUUGCAUCCUAUUUCAUGAAAGAGAUAAACACUCGCUGUCUCUCUGAAGAAGCUCACAGGAACAGCACCAACCCCUACCCCAUUUACAGCGCCAUAGAACUGGACUGCAACCGACUGGAUUACACUAAAGAGGUGUGGUUUGAGAUGACCCCCCACGAGAGUGGUUUCUCCGGAUUGGGCGCUUUCGUCCCCACUUCCUGUCUCGGAAGCAAGUUUGAAGGCGGGACUCUGAAAGAGAAGAGGAACGAAAUGGACAUGGUUCUGCUGCAAGGGCAGGACAGCAUGAUGUUGAUGUCUGGGAGAGGGAGGGAGGUAGAGGAGGUGUGUGAGUGUGUGCCCUCCCGAGUGGUGCGUUGUGUGUCUAAGCUGAUGCAGUACGCUGAGGACCCAGAUGCACUGAUGAAGGCAUGGGAAGUCAUCACCACACUGGGACAGCUACUGAAUGGUCAUGUGAGCAGUAAGGGCGAGAUGCUGUGGAACAUGGACUCUGAGAGGUGGAAGAGAACCAGCCUGGUGGAGAGAAAGGAGUUCAUAGAGACAGUCAGUCUGGAGAUCAUCCUCACCUCAGACAAAUGGACAAAAGACUGGGAGGACCAGCGCUGCAUCUGCAACGGUAACGAUGAAGGGAGGCACGGGGUGACGAUGGAAAUAAGGGAGUCGUUUGUCAUGUCAUCAUCCAACCAGAGAGCAAGAAACGGCAGGUCCCCCUUCCCCAGAUUAGGGGAUGCUAAAGAUCUGACUAGCAUGGCGUCCAAAGAGAAGAUUCACCUGAUAGACGCAGGGUUAAAGAUCAAUUCUCCCUACCCCCCCAUCCUGCGCACAGAGAGGGAUGUCGACCUCAUCAUCUCCUUGGACUUCAGCGCGGGAGACCCCUUUGAGACGGUGUUUAGUGCUAAACAGUACGCGGAUGAGCUGAAGCUCCCCUUUCCCCCGGUGAAGGAGAGUGUGAGGAAGGAGAAAGACCAUCCUCAGGACUGCUACGUUUUCCAGGGGCGACGCCCUGAAGAGCCCACCAUCAUGCACAUGCCCCUGUUCAACCUGCAGAACUGCCAAGAUGAGGAGGAGAUUAAGAAGGAGAGGGAGAAGUACACAACGUUCCAGCAGCCCUACGGUGUGCCUGAGAUCGACCACCUCCUGGAGAAGGCCAAGGACAACUUGAAGAACAACAGAGACAGGAUCCUGGGACAGAUCAUUAUGGCUGUCCAACGCAGAAAGAAUCGCAAGUCAGUGGCUCAACGUUACUACCUGAUGCCCAUUGGCUCCAACCCCAAUCCUAUGGGGCCAAUCAGCAUGCAGUAUUGGCCACAGCUGACUCCAGGACAGACUGGUAGUCCUUGGGGAUAUUACCACGCCCAGCAACAGAAUGGCAGUCCUUGGGGAUACCAUCAGGCACAGCAACCGUCCCAAGUACCCGCCCAGGGACAGAAUGUACCACCUCCCCCUAUGGCUUUCCCCGGGUAUUUCCUGCUUCCCAUGGCCUGUGCUGCCUCCCCUCUCCCACAACACAACACCCCCUAUGUACUACCCCAGACCCCGACAUACUAG